GUCAAACCAAUCCCAAAGAAGAAGGCCGGUUUGCCAGACAUACUCUGACUGGACAUGCCCAGUUGUGUGUGUAGCUAACGUUAGCUAGCAAGUGUGAGUCAAACGGCGCCACAAACUCACUGGGAUGCAUUGUUGCUAGCUAGCGGUAGCUAGCUUUUUCUGAUUUCCUGUCGCUGGUGUGUAGGGGACUUCGGUUGCCAUAAAAUAGCUUACGUUACAACCAUGGAAAUCGACACACUUUUGGAGGGUUUUACGGUUUCCUAUUUUCAUGCAUCUACGUUCAGACUUCGAGAAGAAAGGGAAGAAAGAUGCCUGCCCUGCCCUGGAUCAAUUUCUGUGUCAUGUCGCCAAAACGGGAGAAACGAUGAUUUCAUGGUCACAGUUCAAAAGUUAUUUCCUGUUUAAACUUGAGAAGGUAAUGGAUGACUUCAGAGCCUCGACACCAGACCAGCGAGGGCCAGCCAAUCCUAAUGUGGAGUACAUUCCAUUUGAAGAGAUGAAGGAGAGGAUUCUCAAAAUCGUAGAAGGAUACAACGGGAUUCCGUUCACCAUCCAGCGUCUGUGUGAGUUACUGACUGAGCCAAAGAGGAACUACACAGGAACAGACAAGUUCCUCAGGGGAGUGGAGAAGAAUGUGAUGGUGGUCAGCUGUGUGUGUCCUACGUCAGAGAAAAAUGGGGCAACCAGUGUUAAUAGAAUGAAUGGAGUGAUGUUCCCUGGCAAUACCACUAUUUAUUCAGAAAGGAAUGUAAAUGGACCAGGCACCCCAAGGCCACUGAACAGACCAAAGCUAUCACUAUCCACCUCUCUGGCUACAAACGGUCUCCCUGACAGCACAGACGAUAAGGAGCCACUCACAGAACAAGAGGAGGAGCAUGUUGUCAGUGAUUCCUCGGUAUCGGAAAGUGAUGCCACACAGAGCAGUCCGAUGAAGACCAAGCAUCCGGAAGAGGAUGCAACGGAGGCAGAGAGCCACGAAGUCAAGAGGCUGAAGUUUGACAAAGACAUGGAUGAAGAGGAGGAUGAGGUAGACAAGGAGAUGUCAUGUCCUGCACCUGCCCAAAGUUCAUCAGACAUGCCAGAAUCGUCAACAGAUGUUGUUGAGGAAGAAAAAGAUAAGUCUGCUGAUAUGCUCACCACAGACGAUCAUGAGCCCUCUAGUACUCAGACAGAAGAUCCCUUUGACGAGGAAGCGACAUCAGAGAGGAAGGCUGAGUAUGGCCCCACCCACAGACUAAAGAGUGACAACACCAUGGACCAGUCAGAGGAGCAGCUUGCUCAGUCAGGGAAUGAUCUGAGUUUAGAGGAACAGGAGGAAGGCGAUUGCAGUGACCCAGUAAGUAGCAGCAGUAGCAGCAAUGGGGAGGGAGCACCCAGUGAAGAGCCUAUCCCCUCUGCCUCUCCCAGCAGUACAGCUGAGUCGUUGGCAGAGGGCGCUGCUGCAGAAAACUGUUCGGAAAGCUCAGAGACUGCAGAUGAGCCCAUGGAACAGGACUAACCUGAGGCCCAACAUUACUUUACACUGUACCAAACCCAGGAGAUCUCUGUACCACUAUGGACCUGUAAUCUCCCAGCACAGGGAGGCUUUUUGUGUGAGGCCUCAGAGGAUUUUCACCCUCGGGUCUCUUCACGCCUUGUAAGACCCACCCACCUCCUGACGGCCACGCAUCAGUCCGUUUUUAAAAACUGGAACUUAUCAUUUAAAGUUCCCCUUCAGCUAUUUUUUUUAAAAGCCUGUGGCAUUCAAAAAAACGACUCAGCUGUACUUUUUCUUAUCACCUUGAUAGUUUUUAUUUCUCUCAUGGAUCACUGUCAUUUUAAUAUUUACUGCUAUUUUAGACACCAGUUCUAAAGCUGCUUGGUUAACAUUGUCAUAAGGAAUGAAUCAGCCACUUCUGUGUGUUUGUUGUGAUCUCAAUCUGUGGUGAAUGUAUCAUGUUGGCCGGCCCAGUUAGGGUCUCCUCUGGAUCUGUGGGAUGCCUUGGGUUUUCCCUUGGUAAAGCUACCGUUCACAUCUAUGUUUAAAUUUCUAGUGUAGUUGUCCAUACUUUGGAAUGUAAAGUACGAAGGAUUGUCCAUGACACACAUCUGUUCCAUAAAACCACUGGAAGCCCUUGCCCUGCAAGUUUGGUAAUCUUGCAAAGUAAACAUACCGAAACCAUGGAUUGCAACCAAUCCUCAUGUACUAUUGCACUCUGAUUGAACAAAACAGUGCUUUCAGAAAGUAUUCAUACCCCUCGACUUAUUCCACAUUUUUUUUACAGCUUGAAUUCAAAAUAGUGUAAAUGUUAACACAUAAUAUCCCAGAAUGAAAACAUAUUUUUAGAAGUCUUUGCAAAUUUAUUGAAAAUGAAAUAAAUAUCUAACUUAAAGGUAUACACACCCCUUUGUUAUGUCACACCAAACUGAGCUCAGGAGCAGCCAACUUCCUUUGAUCAUCCUUGAGCUGUCACUACAACUUGAUUGGAGUCCACCUGUGGCUGAUUAAUUUGUUUGGACAUGAUUUAGGAAAAACACCUGUCUAUAUAAGGUUCCACAGUUGACAGUUCAUGUCAAAGCAGAAACUAUUACCAUGAAGUCCAAGGGACUGUCCGUAGAGUGCGAGACACAACUGUGAUGAGGCAUAUAUCUGGGGGAAGGGUAUAAAACAAUUUUAGAGUUUUUGCGAGCGCAGUGGUCUCCAUCAUAGGGACAUUGAAAAAAUAUAGAUUUACCCUGCUGCCUAGAGCUAGCCGUCCGACCAAGGCAAGAAAGACCUUUGGUAAGGGAGGUGACCAAGAACCCAAUGACUACUCUGAUGGGAGAACCUGCCAGAAGGUUUAGAUUUUUUUAAACCUUUAUUUAACUAGGUAAGUCAGUUAAGAACAAAUUCUUUUUUUCAAUGACUGCAUAGGAACAGUGAAAAUAAGAAUUUGUUCUUAACUGACUUGCCUGUUCAGGGGCAGAACGACAGAUUUAUACUUUGUCAGCUUGUGGAUUAGAACUUGCAACCUUCCAGUUACUAGUACAACACUCUAACCACUAGGCUAACCUGCUGUUCUCAGAAGCCAGAAGUCUUUGUGCACUUCACCAAUCUGAGCUUUAUGGGUGAGUGGCCAGACAGAAGCUGCUCCUAGCAAAAAGGGACAUGAUGGAAGGCCUGGAGUUUGCAAAAAGUCAUAUGAAAGAUGGAGCAUAAGGCAAAAAUAUUAUGUUGUCUGAUGAGAAACAAAUUGGCCUGAAUGCAAAGCGCUAUGUCUAGAGAGAAACAGGCACAGCUAAUCACCCAUCUAACACCAUCCCUACUGUAUAGCGGUGGUGGCAGCAUCUUGCUAUAGGGAUACUUUUCAGUGGCAGGGAUUGAGAGACUGGUAAGGAUACCGCGAACAAUGAAUGGUGUCAAAUCCCUGAUGAGAACCUGCUUCAGAGUGCAAAUGACCUUGGACUGGGGUGAAGAUUUACAUUCCAACAGGACAAUGACCCCUGGAAUGACUGGAAUGACUUCAGAAUAAGAGUUUGAAAGUCCUUGAGUGGCUCAACCAAAGCCCAUUGAAAAUCUAUGGAGAGACUUGAAGAUUGCUGUUCACCGCCACUUCCCAUUUAACUUAACAGAGCUUGAGAAAAUCUGCAAGGAAGAAUGGGAGGAAAUCCCCAAAUCCAGAUGUGCAAAGCUGAUGCAGGACGUACCCAAGACGACACAAAGCUGUAAUCGCCACCAAAGGUGUUUUUGACUCGGGUGUGAAUACUUAUGUAAAUUAUAUGUAUUUAUGAUUCAAUACAUUUGCAAAAAUAAAUGUUUUCACUUUGACAUUAUGGGGUAUUUUGUGUAGGAAAAUUUAAUUUUGGGGCUUUAACCCAACAAAAUGUGGGAUAGGUUGAGGGGAAUGAAUACUUUCUGACAGCACUGUAUAGCUGUGAACAAAUUGCUCUAAACAUUCCAGGAGCACUCUAUCUCAUCGUUCUCUACCUUCUCACCUGUUGCUAAGUCCUCCAAAACAUCAGAAGACAAUAAUAUUGGCAAUUUCCUGAUUUCGGUUGUCUGACAGUAUUGAGUGAAUGCUUUUGUUUGUUGACCACAGUUACUGUCAGUUUUUGUGUCCGAUUUACUCAAAUGGUAAGAAAACAUGGUUUACUUUAGUUCUCACAAUCUUUUCAAUUGAAUAAAAUUACAUUUGUCAAAUUGAAAUGUCAAUAUCAGCACUAACUGUCAUUGAUCACAAGAAUCUUGUUUGAUUUUAUUUUGAGAGUUUACUGGCUGCCAUAUCUUUACCAGUUUCUGCAACUGUCUUUUUAUAUAUUAGGAUAAACAUUUCUGUAAAGUAGAUUUUGUAGAUUGUAAUAUGUGUUCACUGCCUUUGUGAAACCGAUUGACAUCUCUGUAAAUUGAAUGAUUGGCUUUCAGCACAGUAUUCAUAUGAAGCAAUAAAUGCUAACAUUUUAA